UUGCAGCCCGUACCAUGGUUCUUAUUAAACUUCAACCACCUGCAUUGAAGGAAUAAAUACCUUUUUAAAACAUCACCCUUAUUAAAACUAAACAAUAAUAAUACUUAAUCAAUUAAUUCAACGUCAUGCCCGACAAAUUCGAGGAAGAAGGUCCAUUCGGUGAAGCCGCGCCUGAGAUCUUAGAGGAUAGGAUAUGGGUGGAUGGCUGCUGGGACUUUUUCCAUCAUGGUAUGUUUGUUUGUAUAGAAUCUGAGGAAGCUAUUCGAAGCCUAAGCUUACCCCUGGCUUGCGACUUAAUAUGCUAACAUGUUUAUUUUUGCAUAGGACAUGCCGGCGCCAUGCUUCAAGCACGACAGUUGGGAAAUGAAUUGGUGGUAGGAAUUCAUUCCGAUGAAUCCAUUCUCGAGAACAAAGGGCCUACGGUGAUGACGCUACAAGAACGGUAAUUCAGGACGAACAUUGGAUGAGGACUGAUUUACUGAUUCCAUAUCCUCAAGAACCGCGGCAGUAGAUGCCUGCAGAUGGGUUACACAAUCGGUGUCAUAUGCUCCAUAUGUUACCUCUCUGCCAUGGAUUUCUCAUUAUGGGUGUAAAUAUGUAGUUCAUGGCGAUGACAUUACUUCGGACAGCAGUGGGGAAGAUUGCUAUCGAUUUGUCAAGGCUGCAGGCAGAUUCAAGGUUGUAAAGCGAACGCCAAGUAUCUCGACGACCGAUCUGGUAGGACGAAUGUUACUUUGCACACGAACGCACUUUAUCAAGUCACUACCCAAGCUCUUGGCCGGAGAAGAUGGCUCAGGAACUCCGGAGGAGAGGCACGCGGAUGGGAAAGCCAUGACGGAAAGAAUGCGAAUGUAUGCCACCGACGAAACUGGACUUAACCCAGGCUCAUGUGUUUGGUUUUGGAAAGCUUCGAUUGCGGCCAGAGAAGACGAGACCGAGAAUGAGAAAGGAGUAUUCAGUUCUCUAAUGCAAGGAUCCACACCAAAACCUGGUCAGCGAGUCGUGUAUGUCGACGGUGGUUUCGAUCUCUUUUCGUCGGGUCAUAUUGAAUUUCUUCGACAAGUCAUCAAGGCGGAGGAGAAACUCGCUGAGGCAGAAGGCUGGUAUAGCAAAGAAGCUGUAGAAGAACGUGUUGGUAAAGGGGCGGAUUAUCCACCGUGUUUUGUGGUAGCUGGUGUUCACGAUGAUGAAGUUAUCAAUCAUUGGAAGGGAGUCAAUUAUCCUAUCAUGAAUAUCUACGAACGAGGUCUUUGCGUGUUGCAAUGCAAGGUAUUCAACGUUCCACACCCUUCCCAAAUGACAUAUCUAACUUUAUGCAGUAUGUCAACGCCGUCAUCUUUGGUGCUCCCUUCACUCCAACGAAGGCAUAUCUCACGACAACUCCAUGGGGAGUGCCUGAUGCCGUGUAUCAUGGGCCAACAAGUUUCAUGCCAUUGACCUAUGAUCCAUACGUUGCUGCGAAGGAGAUGGGGAUCUAUCGCGAGAUAGGAAAUCAUGAGUUUUCAUUUGUCAACGCCGGUCAAAUUGUACAACGUAUAUUGAAAAGUCGAGAUAUGUAUGAAGAAAGACAACGUGUCAAGGGGGUAAAGGGUAUUGGUGAGGAGGCUCAAAGGACACGCGAACGAAUGGAAGAAGAACAGCGAAUGAAGGAAAGUUCUGCAUAGAGCUGUUGUCGAGAACCCGGUAUAGGAUCUGGGACCAAAACCUUCAAGGAAAAGUUCACGGUGGUUAGAGAGAGGGUAGUAAGGAGGCCAAAAGUUCAUAGAUACCACCUAUUUUUACAUAUAGAUAUUGACUAAUUGACAAAGGGUGUGCCACGGUUCGAUCUUGUCUCUUCACCGCUAAGAGAGAAUAUUGGAGCAAAUCCCUAAAUGUUAAAUAAAUAUUCAUGACAGCAAU